UGGGGCGUUUAAAAACAUACACGGACAGUCAAUUUAGCCGUCUCUUCUGGACGUUCAAGACUUGCAUUUUCGGUUUGCACAAAUGCCCUUUCUUUUCUUGCAUUUGAUUCUUAUUUCACCAAAGCAGUUUACAAUUAAAUGCAUUUUAUAAUGCACCUUUGUUUUCGUUUCGAAUCGUUGCAACAAAAUAGCCAAGACCCCUUCUGUGAUCAACAGACUCCCUUCCUAGUGUUUGAAUUUUAGUCUUUGUUUACGACUGAAAUGGACGAAUAAAGACCUGUACGUAAAUGCGCCGGGACUCGAAGCAUUUUUUUUGUUUUUCGAUACGGAGAGGUGUCCGUGCCCCCGGGAAAACCUGGCCGACUCCGGGGCUGCUAUGAAGUACCCUGGACUCACAGAGAGCCAGCGGCUGGUGGCAUUGCUGGAGGACGCGCUAGCUCGGGAGACGCGCCUAUGGAAGGCGCCAGUCUUCAAAAACGGCCGAAUUCAGGGCACGGAUAUCUCUCAGGAUCAACACCAGGACGUGAUUUUGUGGCUGGGUGAAUUGAGCAGAUUGUUUAAGUUUUGUACUGAAACAUACGCUCUUGGAGUAUGCAUUCUCAACAGACUUUUGGCAUCGGUGAAGGCUCAGCCCAAGUAUCUGAGAUGUAUUGCAAUAACUUCCCUGAUUCUUGCUGCAAAAACCAACGAGGAAGAUGAGGUGAUUGCGUCAGUGAAGGACCUUGCGGUGCGGAGCGGAUGCAACUUUUCAACAGCAGAGAUUCUUCGCAUGGAGAGGAUCAUUCUCGAUAAGUUGCAGUGGGACCUUUACACUGCAACACCAAUCGACUUCAUUCACAUCGUAAGUAGCGGCUGUCUUAUUUUUUCCACUUGAAUCUAAAAUGCAUCAAUACAAAAAGCACAAGGGGAACACACAUACACAUACACACACGCACGCGCACACACACACAGAUUUUGUCCAAGAGCACUGUGUUGGCAAACACUUCACAGAAUGGAGCACUGGUCUGAGAAAUUGCGCCUCCAUUUUUAGCUUGGCACCCUGAACAGGAAUGGUGUGACAGGUUAAAGCGAUUAUUCCAUGCUCUGUAUCCGUGCAGCUUUUCUGUGUUGCACCAAGCCAGCAUUUGCAAGCCGUCACGCUGAAUAUUGAGAAUUAAGUAGGCGUUUCAGGCCAAGGCACUUCUCUAUAACUUUUAGUAGUAACAAGAAAGUGUAGGCCUUAUACAGUAUAGGGAGGGGGAAAAAAAUCCAGAAAUAAUUCAAUCCAUCUGUAGUCAUCACUUAAAAUGUCUAAAUAAGAAAAUAAAUCUCUAACAAUUUUACAUAUGUAAAUUUAAGUUGUAUCGGCAAAGAGGAAGAAAGGAAAAAAAAACUGUCCUGCAUUUUUUGCCCGGGUGUGCAAACGGCUGUCUGCAUAUUCGUUGAAAAUAGCCUCGAUUGCUUGCUUCUCUUCACUGAGCAAAAUUUCUGUCUCACAGGAUUGUCUUGUAUGUCCUGUGUUUAUUACUGUGCAGUUAUAUUCUUCUAUAAAUUCACCAUUCAUAAAUAAUACAUUAACAACAUACUGGUACAAUCAGGUUAAAAAACGUUCUGUGAUUUACCUUGAAAACAAACAAUGGAAAUAUAUCUUGCAUCGAAGU